AUGAGCACCAGUACUAGUAUGGCGUACCCGAGCUCCUCUUCAAGCCACCAAGCUUCUACUGAGAUGCAGCCUGAGGUGGACCGCGCAUUGGCUGGGUCGUACAUCCACCUGAUUCCUGGCCAACUCACCCAUCCUUCCCUCCCAAAGCCAACCAUUUUUCCUUUUCCCCCACGUUCACCCUCUCAUGCAGUCCAACGGAGAAUGUGUUCGCUACCCAGAUCCGAACGGGUCCAUCAUAUCCCGUUCCAGCCGCUGAUGACUAUGAAGAUUCCCUUUACGAUUCCUCUGACGACGAAGACCAGCCCAUUCACCCUCUCGCACUCGCAGGUGCCAAGUCCAAGAAAAAGGCGUACAAUUUCUGCUGCACUUGCAGCAAUGGGGAAUGGCGGAUGUGGAUUAUGUUGUGUGGUUACAACUCGAGAGCUUGCCAAUGUAAUGUUUGUAGACCAUGUGAUGGCCGAUGAAGUAGAAAAUAUAUUAUAG